CAGCAGCAGGACCGGCCCGGCGCGCUGGGCAUGCUCAGUCGCGGGGCGCCGGGCUCGCGAGUCGGAAGCCUGUGCUCGGUCGCCGCCGCCGAGCCGGCCCGGGCGCAAGAAGAGCGCGCGGGACUCGCUGCAGCAGCGGCCCGGCAGCGGCUGACCGGGUCCCAAACCAGAGUCGAGCUCUGCGUGGCGCCCCUGAUCCGCUGGCCGUGGCGCCCGAAUCCUAGAACCUGCCCAGGCAAGGGACUGACGGCGGCUGGCGUCGGCGGGGCGCGGAGGAACCGCGGUAGCUGCGGCCGCAUCCUCGCAGCCUGCCCCAGCCGGGUUGAAUCCGGGAGCCGUCGGACAUGGAGCCAUGGAAGCAGUGCGCUCAGUGGCUCAUCCACUGCAAGGUGCUUCCUGCCAACCACCGGGUGACCUGGGACUCAGCGCAAGUGUUUGACCUGGCGCAGACCCUCCGCGAUGGAGUCCUGCUUUGCCAGCUGCUCAACAACCUCCGGGCGCACUCCAUCAACCUGAAGGAGAUCAACCUGAGGCCGCAGAUGUCCCAGUUUCUCUGUUUGAAGAACAUACGGACAUUUCUCACAGCCUGUUGCGAGACGUUUGGAAUGAGGAAAAGCGAACUCUUCGAAGCAUUUGACCUGUUUGAUGUUCGUGACUUUGGGAAGGUUAUAGAAACUUUAUCGCGACUUUCUCGAACACCCACAGCAUUGGCCACAGGAAUCAGGCCCUUCCCAACAGAAGAAAGCGUUAAUGAUGAAGACAUCUACAAAGGCCUUCCUGACUUAAUAGAUGAAACCCGAGUACAAGAUGAAGAAGAUCUCUAUGACUGUGUUUAUGGGGAAGAUGAAGGUGGAGAAGUCUAUGAGGACUUAAUGAAAGCAGAGGAAGCCCAUCAACCUAAAUGUCCAGAAAAUGAUAUACGAAGCUGUUGCCUAGCAGAGAUUAAGCAGACAGAAGAAAAAUAUACAGAAACCUUGGAGUCAAUAGAAAAGUAUUUCAUGGCACCACUGAAGAGAUUUCUUACACCAGCAGAAUUUGAUUCAGUAUUCAUCAACAUUCCUGAACUUGUAAAAGUUCAUCGGAACUUAAUGCAAGAAAUUCAUGAUUCCAUUGUAAAUAAAAAUGACCAGAAUUUGUAUCAAGUUUUCAUUAACUACAAGGAAAGAUUGGUUAUUUAUGGGCAGUACUGCAGUGGAGUGGAGUCAGCCAUCUCUAAUUUAGAUUAUAUUUCUAAAACAAAAGAAGAUGUCAGACUGAAAUUAGAGGAAUGUUCCAAAAGAGCAAAUAAUGGGAAAUUUACUCUUCGAGAUUUGCUUGUGGUUCCUAUGCAACGUGUUUUAAAGUAUCACCUUCUUCUCCAGGAACUUGUCAAACAUACCACUGAUCCCAUUGAGAAAGCGAAUCUGAAACUGGCUCUUGAUGCUAUGAAGGACUUGGCACAAUAUGUGAAUGAAGUGAAAAGAGAUAAUGAGACCCUUCGUGAAAUUAAACAGUUUCAGCUAUCUAUAGAAAAUUUGAACCAGCCAGUUUUGCUCUUUGGAAGACCUCAGGGAGAUGGUGAAAUUCGAAUAACCACUCUGGACAAGCAUACAAAGCAAGAAAGGCACAUCUUCUUAUUUGAUUUGGCAGUGAUUGUAUGUAAAAGAAAAGGUGAUAACUAUGAAAUGAAAGAAAUAAUAGAUCUUCAACAGUACAAGAUAGCCAACAAUCCUACAACUGAUAAAGAAAAUAAAAAGUGGUCUUAUGGCUUCUACCUCAUCCACAUCCAAGGACAAAAUGGUUUAGAAUUUUAUUGCAAAACAAAAGAUUUAAAGAAAAAAUGGCUGGAGCAGUUUGAAAUGGCUUU